UUAGAAAGUGAAGAAAUGUAACAUGACGAAGAAGAAAAAUACUUCCGUAUAGUCAGAGUAACAGAACGCUGGUACACAGCUACACAGUAGCGCCAAAAUGCCAAAAUUAAAAGACAAGAGACGAGAGAAAAUCAGCGUGGCCACUGAGAUUGACCGUUUGGAGGACCGGAAGGCGCGUUGCCAAGACAACCUGGAGAGGGCUGAAUUCAAAAGCAGGAAGGAGAAACUCUCUGAGAGGGAAAGACAGGAACUUGAAGAUGAGAUGGCAUUGAUGAAUGAAAGAGUGCAAAAAUUAGACAAGGAGCUGGAAAUGUUACGAGGAGAGAAUCGAAAGAACAUGCUGCUCUCAGUUGCUCUGCUGGUCAUCAGUGUGCUCUUUUAUUAUGCCUUUUUCUACAAUGAAGAAGAUUCAUAAGACAAGCUGAUAUCUUAAAGGGACCUAAAGUAACACUUUCAAGACAGUGUUAUGAGAAAAGACAAGGCCAAAGGGGUGUGCAUACACCUGGAUUGAAUUUAUGAUUGUACUGCCUCUAGGUGGCAGCAUUGUCAUUUUAUUAACUUUCCUAUGGUCAGAUUUUGGACUGCAUGUUUAAAUUAUAUUUGCAGCUUUAAGCCUUUAAGUUUCUCUAAAAGUCUUUAAGACAGUCUAUACUUUCAUUUUGUUUUUGAAGCUUAAUGCAAAUGUCAAUGCAAGCAGAACACUGCAUCUGAAUACUUUGUCAUAACAUGGGCUUAUGUGGGCAGAUUAAGAGGAAGGAAGCUUGUUUUAAUGGUACUUAAUUUUGAUAAUUUAUGUUGAAACUAAACUAUAAAGUGCCGGUUUACAGUCAUUUUCUCUGAAUUUUCUUUUUUAUAAUGAAAUUGUGAAAAAGUGGAAACUAGUUCAUAUAAAGAGUCUUUAAAUAUUAUGUAGAUUUAAUCCUAUGCCACAGAUGAUCCACUGUAACAAAACUGACUUUUAUACAGUGUUUAUAAGAUGUGCUUUAACAAAGUGUGCCAAUCAAGUUGGAUAUAGCCUUUUUAAUUUACAUCAGAAUAAACUGUAUAAUUGAUAAAACUGCAUGUUUCAUGGACCAUUUGUAAAGUUACAUUGAUGAAAAUCUUUAAUACGGUUGUUAUACAAAGAUUUUGAAGCUGUGUAGUAUGUUUUGCAGUAGACGGUGAACCUGAAGGAUGUAUUUCUUGUUUUUGAUAACGAUGCUCUCCAUGCAACCAUCUGCUAAAAAAAAGCUAAAAUAUGCCAAAUGUUCAACAAAGUCUUUUUCUGAUAUAUGAAUAUUAUAUGUGUUUGAAAGAAGGCUUGAAAUCAUAUUAAUUCAGAAA